AUGAGUUUGAAAGGAAAAUUGAUAUCACAAACAGAGAUCAAAGGUUGUAAGGAUUUGUUUCAUGAAAUGUUUAAGAACAAACCACACCAUUUACCAAAUGUUGCACCACAAACUAUUCAAGCUACCGAUUUGCAUGAAGGAAACUGGGGUACCAUUGAUGCAGUCAUCAACUGCAAUUUUACUGUCCAGGGGCAAGAGAAGGUUGUGAAGGUGUCUAUUGAAGACAUAGAUGAGGAAAAAAGGUUAGUGACAUACAAGAUAUUUGAAGGUAAUUUAAUGGAGCAAUACAAGGCUUUCAAAGUAACUCUUCAUAUUGAAAAUGAAGAAGAAAACAACUUGGUUAUAUGGACUAUCCAAUAUGAGAAACAGAAUGAAGACGUUCCAGAACCUUUUUCUUAUUUGCAAAUGGCCGUUAAUUUGACUAAAGAUGUCGAUGCUCAUCAUGUCAACCAGUAA